AUGAUCAAUUUGAAAGUAAAAACAUUGGAUUCCCAGAAUCAUGAUUUCACAGUCGACGAGGAGAUUACCGUGCGUCAGUUCAAGGAACAGAUCGCGGAAAAGAUCAGCGUCACCGUCGAGUUGCAGCGGCUCAUCUACUGUGGGCGCGUCCUGGCCGAUGACAAACCGCUGAAGGAUUAUGACCUCAACGGGAAGGUGGUACAUCUGGUGCAACGUGCCCCACCAUCGGCCCGUGGUACCAGCAUGAGCAGCGCGGAACCCGGUGGCCGAGAUGAAGCAGCCCGUGCGUCUCGACGUUCGCGAAGCAGCGACAAUGCGUCCCGUAACAUCUUCCCGGGUUUGGAUGAGCUCAACACGAUGUACUUCGGUUCGAUGACGUCGAUUCCGUUGAACGUUAGUACGACUAACGCCACACAGGUCCCGUCUGUGAGUUCAUCUUCCACGCUUUGCAACAACCGGAUCACGGUGGCACGGCACAUGCUCGAGUGUGCGAAUGGCAUCGUGAGUUAUCUGGAAAAUCCUGCCCAAGGGUUGAAUUACAGCGCGAUGGAUUACCUGUCGCAGCAAACGAUGGAAUCAACCGUCGUGGAGGUGGGCAUUUCGGCGGUCGGGGAUAUGGAGAUUCCGCACAAUCAGGUGCAGAACUUUGUGAACGCGUUCCAGGGUGCGGUCAGCGCCGCCUUUCGUCAGAAUGGCAUGUCGAAUGUGACCGUACAGCAGCCGGAUGGGUUGAAUGGUUCCGUGCAGGUGUUCGGGACGGUACCGGACUUUUCGGUCUUUACACCGCCGAACACGAAUGCCACUGCUACGCCUGCUCACGAGGGUUCCGGAGCGGCUUCCUCGACUGCCAGUGGUGCCAGCAAUAGUAGCAGCAGCAGCAGCAGCAGCAGUAGUAGCAGUAGCAGCAGUAGCAGCAGUAGCAGUGGAAGCUCCGGCAGCUCAAGUGCAUCACCAAGUUCGUCGGAAGCGAGUGCUGAAACCCGGCGCCAGGCACGACCGGGACAGGGACAAAAUCACACGACCAGCACGCAAGCGCUUGCCGAGGUGGUGCAGCAGAUGCGCACCGUUCAGCGGCGUAUGGAACCGUUCCUGCAGCAGUACUACGACAUCCUGCAGGAUGAUCCGACGUUCGAGGAAUCGGACACGGUUGGGCGGGAAAAUGCGCAGCGUGUGUUUGAUCGCGUCUCGGAAGCGAUGCAUUAUAUUGCACACGCGCAGCACGCCAUCAGCGACCUGAUGGUUGAUCUGCAGACGGCAACUCCUCGGCAUCUGUGCUGCCGGCCGAUCCUGAUCGAGCAGAACGCCUACGUUAGCUCCGGAAUGGCGACCAUGCCGCCGAACCUCAAUUUGGCCAACUUUCUGCGGAAUCACAUCAACAUUAACAACAACAUAAACAACAACAACAAUAAUAAUAACAACAACAACUUCGCCAACAUGGAAGGAGCCGCUGCCGCCGCCGCCAACAACGUGCACGCGCAGCUCUUCAACCUCGGUGUGGCCACACCGCAAGGAUUCUUCGCGGCCGGUAACGUCCCUCCACCACCGCCGGGAGCGGGGACAAUGCGUCCUCCAGCGACUACCCCGACACCACCAGCUACCGGGGCCGCAACAGCUACCGGAACAGCAACAGGGACGGGUCAGCAACAACAGCAACAACCUCGCAACCAGCCGCCUCGGCCACCGACACUAGGUCAGUCCCCGGCCGGCUCACAAACGGGGGUUGGUGGUGGUGGUGGUCGCAGUAAUGAUAACAUGGUCACCUCCGUCUACAUCCCACUGUACGAUCUCGACAGUGUCCGGCGGGUGCAGAACGUGCUCGGUGAGAUGCAACCACGACACGUGGCGGUUCCGGCAGCCGGAACUGCGAACAACAACAAUGCAGGAACGGGACCGACACCGGCACCACCAGGAACACAGAACAACUCGAAUCAAAACCCGCAGAUCCAGAUAGCGCGGUUGUUCCAGGCGAUGGUGAGUGGAGCGCCCAUUCACACGGACAUUCACGUGCAAAUCAACACGGCCGGAGAUGGAGGUGGACCGGGUGACAGCAGUGCCGGUAGUACUCCACCUGAAGCGGCCAAUAACGCACCGGCCGGAACAAAUCGUCCACCAUCGUCCACGUCGACGGCAGCGCAAGGAGGAAAUCCUACCAACACCACCACCACCAAUACUAACAGCAACGGAAGAGCGGCCACUGGUGCUGCAACUGGAGGUGCCACCGGACCACCGGUUGGGGGUGAAGGAGCAAUCCAUAUCCUGCCCCGCUUUGCCACGGUCACGCUUCCAACGACAUCCACCCAGACACGGUCCACGUCGCGACCACACGUGCAUAGUAUUCCACCACCGCACCUGCAUGGACCGGGUCACAUCCGGAACCUGCGUCCUAUAACGGCAAACAUACUAUCUACGUUUGAUAGGUUUCUUCCGUGCAACAGCCAUCACAUACGGGACACCAACUCUAGCAAUGAUCGUCCCAACGACACGGCCACGUCCAAUCGAGCCACAUCCGGUGUCCACCUGUUCGGUAGCCAGUUUACGGUGGCGGAACUGCAGAACGGUAUACCGCACCCGAACACACUCAACCGGGUCCGGGAUUCGCUGCGGACGUACAUCAGCCGGACGCUGUUCAAUGAUCAUCCUUUAGAUGAGCUAAUACACCAUACAGUUGGUAAUCGAAUCAUCGAACGGUUGAUGCCAGUGCUCGCACCGAUAGUGGAGCUCGAUCGGCCCGAGUUCGAUACGCGUGCGUCCCUGUUGAACCUGUUCCGCAGAUCCUUCCCGACGUUUAUCUGCCUGAUCGGCGAGGACAACUCGUCGCAGUUCGGUGUCCGUAUGACCCGGUUGCUGAUGAUUUUCAUGCGCCGCUUCUGCAUGAUUCUGUUGCAUGGUGUUAGCUUCGAGCAGGCACUUAGCACCAUGUCACGGAUUGUGCUGCUCGCGUUACGCCACCAGAAUGUGCCCGAUCCCGAGGCGUUUGUGCGGUUGAUGACACCUAUGCUGCGGACCAAUCUGCUAUCGUCCGCUCGGCAGGACAUGUUUGACAUUCAGCAGUUUCUGGUCAUCCGUCAACCGGCACCGGACGCGGCGAGUUCUGCCACGGGGACAGCUGGGACACCGGAGUCGGGAGCUGAAAAUUCCAGCUCCACCAACACUGAAACCGGUCAACGGGAAGCAAGUCCGAUGGAUGUUGAUGACGUCGAGAGCACUUCCACACCGGAACUCGUGUCGGAUAUAGCGGAAAUCACGAUCUCCAUCGACCCACCGGCGAUGAGCGUCGAUCAGUGUGUGGUGGUAGAUUCGGCUAGUUCCUCAUCGGUGGCCGUAGACGCGUCCGUUGACAUCUCUGACAGCCCGCCAGUUGCUGCGAGUGACGAACAAACCGGACCGGUAACCAGCUCCGUUGGCUCGGUGUCGGAAGAUCUUGCGGAACGUCCGUUACCGCCACUGAGACGAUCAACCGAAGACGAAGAAGAGCUACCGUUGGUGGAAAACGGUACCGAAUCCUGGCAUCGGCAUUUCCCCGACGUUUGGCUUCCGGUUAUCACGCGCGACAUCGGGCGGCAACGGCGACAGAACCCCCAGGCACCGUUUUCCGACGCGUACAUCUCCGGCAUGUCGUCCAAACGCCGGAAGUUGCUAGCGGAUACGAAACCGCCGAACGACGUCCACUCACUGAUAUCGGACGGUGUACGGCGAGCGUUCCUUGGCACCGGAAUCACACCUUCCAACACACACGGACUCUCUGGCGGUGGUGGGUCGAACACAAGCAGCGGAACAGCACCGCGACGAACGCAACCGGAAGUAGCGACGGGUUCUGGUAGUAGCGCUGGAACCGCAGCCAGCACCAGUACCAGCAGCAGUACGGCCACGAACCGGUUCCGCACGCUGGACGAGCUGGCGAACAAUAUCGCGAACGACGGCGCCCUGCAGAUGUCGUACUGUGAGGCUAUGAAGGCGAGCAUACGCGAACGGUUGUCGAAGGAUCCGGAUUUUGAUGCCGUGCGCUACCCGAACUGCUCCAAGUACUUCGAGAAGCAGUAACACCAAUUCCGGCGCGUUUGGUUCCGCGUCAGACCCACCCGGCGGCGGCGAUGGCGACGGCAGGUUUUGCUUCCCAGCCCAACCGACCGACCGGGAAAGGGACAGAGUGUGAUCAAUUUCAGGGCGGGUGGGAGUCCUUAAAGCCCAUCCAAUAUUGGCACGUGCUGUAAGGGAAACGACACAGAGAGAGAGAGAGAGCGAGAGAGCGAGAGAGUGAAGAAGGAAUCCUAGGAGGAAGAUAAAAAGGAAAGAACAGAAAACAGUCGCCAUUGUCGUUUCUAUACUUUUUUUUAGUAUUAUAAGCUAUUCAUUUGAAUUCAGUUUGAAUUGAUCAAAAGGGUAUCAAGGCACUUUAUCGAUAAGUGUUCGUGUAACGCGCGACCCCUCCAAAAAAGAAAAUUGCUCAACGUGAGGCAAAGCUCCCACGUAGGGUUAUAUUGUAUAAGUUUUCUUCCACCCGUUCCGUUUUUUUUAUUCGUUCAUACCUUUGUAUCACACCAUUUUGUUCUCCGCCGCGUGUUAGCACCAAGCUCAGCACAUCCGCCAAGCUGAAUCCUUGCCACCGGCACCAGGUCCUUCGCAGGGGGCAUGUACGUUCGUGUGCGUGUGUGUUUGUAGUGUUACAUGAAUUGCGACGGGAGACACAAUUGGCUGCAAAUAGGGGUUUAGGAAUUAGUUAAGCGCAUGAAACGCGACGCAGAUACGGCGCGGGUUUUGCAAAAAAACAGCACCGGAGGGACUGAAAAGAUUUCGCACUCGGCGUAUGAUUUUAUUAUCCCGAUCAUAGAGAGAGCGUGAUAGAACGGAAUAAGAACGGUUCUAUUACAAGCUGCAUUGGCACGCGCGGUUGGAUUCGUGUCCUUACACUCCACUGAAUGUACAGUUUGUAAAAAUAUGAUGUGGGCAAAGAAGGGGCAAUGUGGGGGAAAAUGGCGAGAGAAAGCGAGAAGAGACAAAAGGACACAGAACUAAUCGAUAUUGUGAUUCAGGCCAAUAUACGCUCGAACGUAGCUGGUAGGAUUGAGUAAUAGAUGAGGUUUAGCGAGCAUCACACACACACACACACGCCGUCCUUACAAUGCACGGUUGCCGCCAGCCCCGGGAAACCCCCAGUCGGGUAUCCUGCGUAUCCCAGACACGCUGUAGGUCAUGUAAUUUUUUUUUUCUUUUGAAUUUCUACCGUUUAAUAGACUUGUUGGUUCUCAACGAAUGCAACCGAGACGAAGGAAAUGUUUCCUAUUGUUUGUUGUACUGUGCUUGCUCACGCGCGCUUUCUCUCUCUCUCUCUCUAUCUCUAUCUCUUGCACCCUCAGUAGGCAUUGAGAGAUGACAUUUUCCUUCGUUUACGUUCAGUUUAUAGGUUUCACAGGUUUGUUGCUUCCCUCCCAAACAUACAAGCGCAGUUGACUUUGGCUUUUUUCCCCAUUUUGGCAACAGGAAGAAAGUGAAUCAGAGAGAAAGCAGCAUGCACUUUAUAAUCUACUCAAACUAAUAGGCAGUUAUGAUGAAUAAAACUAGAGUAA